GCUCCCCUGGUUCAAACGGAGCAUCCUCCCUCUGCUAAGCUCAGCUACUGUAACAUUGUGUGCGACAUUUGAAACAUAUUUAACAAUGGAGGGUUCUGUGUCGAAUGUAGAGGUCUGUGACUUUGCCUACACGGGACAGUUUGAGAAAUUAAAGGACUGCAUUCUGUCAGAUAAAUCGCUUGCAAGCAAAGUAGACCAGGACGGGAGGACCGCUCUGCACUGGGCCUGUUCUGCAGGACACACCGACAUUGUGGAGUUCCUGCUUGACCUGGGAGUUGAUGUGAAUCUGCAAGAUGAUGCUUUGUGGACCCCGCUCCACAUUGCGGCAUCUGCUGGCAGAGAAGACAUCGUGAAAUCUCUAAUAUCCAAAGGAGCUCAGCUGAAUUCAGUUAAUCAAAACGGAUGCACCGCUCUGCACUAUGCCGCCUCUAAAGACAGAUAUGAGAUCGCCCUGCUGUUGUUGGAAAAAGGAGCAGACCCCAACGUCUCCGACAAGUAUCAGUCCACACCCCUCCACAGAGCGUCUGCCAAGGGCAACUGCCGCCUCAUCCAGCUGCUUCUCAAACAGAGUGCCUCGACAAACAUCCAGGACUCACAGGGCAACACACCUCUCCACCUGGCGUGCGAUGAGGAGCGUGUGGAAGCAGCCAAGGUGCUGGUGGAACACGGGGCCAGCAUCUACAUAGAGAACAAGGAGGAGAAGACCCCCCUCCAGCUGGCCAAGGGCGGUCUGAGCAACGUACUUCGGCGGAUAGUGGAGGGAUGAUUCUUUUACCAACUUAAGAGUCAUGCUCCAGUUCGAGUCCCUGCCAUAGCAUGUUACAUAAUGAGAGUUUUCAUCCCAGUCAGUCCUCCCUGAGCGGCCUGGUGUGAUACACUUAGAUGCGUAACAGGUGGAAGAUGAAUAAAGUUGGACUUUCCUGCGCCAUUAUCAGCUCCUCAGAUGGGUCAGUGAAACUACUCAGAUCAAAAAACACUCUCUAUGGCACUAAGUGUGGUCUAUUUAACGCUGCAGCCUAAUUUCUUGUGAUCUCUUUUUUUUACGUUUGAAUUGUUGCAAAAAAUUCUAAUAAAAAACAGUGUUCAGCCUGUUUAAGUAUGUCUAGGAUGUAUUUAUUUAUCGUACACGUAAUCAAUGGAUCCAGCAAAUGUAUUUCUGGACAGCUCCUGAGGGAAAUAGCUGGCUUUUAAGAUGAUAAAUGCUCCAGCUAGUAGCUAAUUGUGAUUGCCUGGUGGUUGCCUGGCUUUAUCAGCGAAAAAGCUCUUAAAACUCACUGUGUACAACCUGCCUUGUAAAGCCGUCAAUGAAUUGACGAGAGGGAACCAUAACAUUGUUGCAGGCAAGACAGCUGAAAAUGACUAUAUAUCUCUGAUACCUCAGAUCUGGGUAAUUAUUCUCACACAAGUGACCCUUUCUGCAUUGUUUUCAUGUUAUGAUUUGAUACAUAGUUAAUGUUACAGCACCCACGCUUCUGCACCCAAAUGAUCAGUGUUUUUUCGUCUGCUUAGCGAAGUGUCAAUUCCUUUCGCUUUUUGGGGUAAUUCAUAUAUAGUUGAUUGUAAAAUGUUGAUAACUCUUAAAGCAUGUCUCAGUUUACGUCAGACCUUCCUUCUUUAGCCUAACAUUUUAAUAAUGUGUGCCUAUUAUAAGUGUUUUAAGUAUUGCUGUUAAAACGUGCUCACUAUAAACAGUUGGGGUACAAGUACUUUCAUGUACUUAAGUAAAAGUAGCUGCAUACACAAUGUUAAGCUAUUACAAGUAAAAAGUGAUCUGUGCUUGAAUUAUUUUAUUAUAUACUAAUGUCUAGAAUUAUGACUCAAGCAGCAUUAAUGUUUAGGGGAGGGAUUUUAUUAGCUCAUGGUAGGGUUUCAAAAUCUUUAUCUAUGUAUUGUUAUAGCUCUCAGUUUAAAAUGAUAGUAGAGUAAAAGGUACAAUAUUUCUCUAGGAAGCUAAAUGUAGUAUGUAGAGUAUUAGAAGUGUAAAGUAGUCGAAAUACUAGCUCAAGAGCAGUACUGGAUAGAAACUUAAGUUAACAAAUGUGUUCUGUCACACAAGCAACACACAUACAGUACCAGUCAAAAGUUUGGACACACCUUCUCAUUCAACUACUUUGAAGAAUCUAAAAUAUAAAACAUAUUCUGGUUUGUUGAGCAUUUGUUUGUUUACCACAUAAUUCCAUAUGUGUUCCUUCAUAGUUUGGAUGUCUUCAAUAUUAAUUACAAUGUAGAAAAAAAUAAAAAUAAAGAAAAACCAUUGAAUGAGAAGGUGUGUCCAAAUGUUUGACUGGUACUGUAUAUAUCCUAAAGCAGGCUGUGUUAAUGAUGAAUAUCAAAUAAAAAGAACAUCUGUCUAUGAACUGGUGAACCGUUGUUAUGAUCAUCGUUAUACAUGAAUAUUAAAUAAUUUUCAUCUUUUACAUCUGCCAUUUCUAACUUUGCAUUAUGACACCAUGUGUGAUUA